AUGUUUUUCAAGGCUCUGGAUCUGACCACUGCGCUCCGGCCUCUUCUAUUUCCCGAUGAGACUUUGCUCUUUGUCCAGGAUGCGGUGGGGUUGUACGAAGGCAAAUACAAGGUCGCCAACUACCAGAACGGCCAUGCAUACCUUACGUCACACCGAGUCUGCUACGUCGCGGUCGACGAGCCGCGGAAAUACUCUAUCGGCAUUGACCUAAAGGAGAUUGAUCGGGCAGAAUACCAGGCAGGUUUCCUCAAGUCUUCUGCGAAGAUCAUCAUGUACCCCAAGCCUCUGAAAAAUGCGAACCGAUCGCGAAGCUCCGGCGCCAGUCCGUCGCGGUCGCUACCCUUGAGAACACAGUUGGCGGGCACGCAAGCUCCUCUCUCCCAAGCGACGACACCACCCCCGCCCAUGCCCGUGAAUGCGACAUGGGUCUGUCCAAUAUGCUCGUUCUCGAAUCCGGUACCCUCUAACUUUGACGCUUCGACUGCGACCAACGCGACGCCUCUACCGCCUUGUCUCGCGUGUGGAAUUAAACCGCCUUUGACUACUAUACUGAAGGCAGCUAUUGCCGCGGCGUCGAGUCGAGAGAGCGCCCCGGCGAGUCCAGUGGUAGCCCAGCUAGGGCCGAGUACACUGCGCGAGGCAAAUGGGUCUAAGGCUACAGUGAAUGGAAGUGGCUCGGUGACGUGCCCUCGCUGUACAUUCCUGAAUCAUCCGUCCCUCUUAGAGUGCGAGAUAUGUGGUGCUUCGUUGCCGGCUGCGAAUUCCUUACGGGGCUCGGGGGAGACUCGGGCAGAGUCUCCAGCGCCGAUGUUUGAGGAGGGGAACAUUCGCAAUACCGAAGUCAGCGACCACAUAAAGCUCUCGUUCCGAGGGGGCGGCGAGAAGAUUUUUCUUGAAAGACUCAAAGGCGCAUUGAUCCAGAGGAAAUGGCUGCUCUAUAACGCGCCUCCGCCUCCGCCACAACCUAAACCGACAUCCUCACCUGAUCCGACAGGCGUGUCCACUGGCGUUGGCACACCUGCCCAGACUCGGUCACCUGGAGUUGGGAUCGCAGGCCUGGAGCGGCGAGGACUCGAAGCUCGUAGAAACAACGAGGUAGUGAUUGGAAAUGCGUUUGAGGACCUCGAGGCUCUGAUGGCAUCGGCGAAACAGAUAGUUGCGCUUGCCGAAACCCUAGCUAGAGAAUCUGGCAUAGCCAGUGACGAGACAUCUGCAGAGACUACCGCUGUUCUGUCUGAAUCUGCGGCAGCUUUGGGCAUGGUGACCACAAAAGACAUGCUUGGGUCUAGCGCAAGCAAUCUCUACCUCUCUGAGCUCUCGCGGAACCUAGCAGAGUAUCUUACUGAUGACCGCAAGGGCGUACUUCAGAAGGAGGGUGGCAUCAUGAGUCUGAUUGACCUCUGGGCAGUCUUCAAUCGCUCGCGGAAUGGGGUCGAGCUGGUAAGCCCUUCAGAUUUUCAGAGGGCUGCUGAGCUCUGGGAAAAGUUGAAGCUGCCUGUUCGGCUACGUCGAUUCAAAAGUGGGCUCCUGGUAGUCCAGAGAUAUGAUUGGAGCGACGAGAAGACACUUCGACAGCUCCAGGACUGGAUGGCCGAGUUCCGCCAGAUCCCGCCUGUUGAUCCCGUUCCCUGGGAUUGGCGCCUGUUUGGGCGCCCGGUGACUGCCCAAGAGGCAGCUCAGCGCUUUGGAUGGAGCGUUGGGGUUGCAGCUGAGGAGCUAGAGAUGGCCGAGGACAAGGGCAUCUUCUGUAGAGAGGAGGGCAUUGAAGGCCUGAAGUUCUGGACCAACUUCAUUACUUUCGACCCAACCGACGACCCCAAUGACUUGGCCGUCUCAGUAGAUGAGAUCUGA